AAUUUGUUGUUGUUUUUUGAAUAGUUCAAACACUUCAUCAUCGAUCUUCUCAAACCCUUGAAAUAAAAAGUCGCUGGCAAAGAUGAUGCACAUGACCUUUUACUGGAGCCGGAAGGUGAAUCUCCUGAUUGAUUCCUGGCGGACCGAGGAUUGGACCCAUUAUCUUCUCACCCUUCUUGCCUGCCUCAUGGUUUCCGCUUUCUAUCAGUUAAUUGAGAAUUGCAGAAUUCGCCUCAAGCUCAUUGGUGCUGGAAAGCCCUUCCCGUCAGAGAUACAGACCCCUCUGUUGCAGCGGAAGCUCACCGGAAACGGAGACAAGUUGGGCGUGAAGGUCGCUGGGGCGAUUCUCUUUGGGCUGAGCUCGGUCAUAGGGUAUUUGUUGAUGUUAUCGGUUAUGUCCUUCAACGGAGGGGUCUUUGUGGCCAUAGUCGUGGGUCUCGUUGUUGGUUACUUUUUCUUCAGGAACGAGGGUGAAGAUUCCAUUUUAGUAGACACUUCUUGCGCCUGUGCUUAAAUUCAGUCACUUUUAAAUCUUUCAAUCUUUUCUGCUGAAAAUCCUAAUUGUUGUUUAUUAUUCCCUGUUUUAAUUUAGCCCUAUUCAUUAUGGAUAUGUAAUUUCUUCUAUGGAAUUAUAAUUAACUGUAACUGUAAUAAUGGGAAGUGGGAACCCUUGAUUGAUUCUAAAGUUUAAUAUAUUUUUCGGCAGCUUUUUAU